GAUUUUCUUAGUUCGGUUUUUACAGCCGAUCUGCGACGUUGUGAUUAGUGAGUUGACUUGAUUCGUUCAGAAGAUGUCUUCCUCCGGUGGCGAUCAUGAUCAUUCGAAUGAUCCUAACAUAAUUUACGGUGGUCCGUUGCAGCUGGACUUUGAUCGUGGCUGCAGGUCUUUGGGAGAGCUGAUCCUGAAGGAGUUUUCCAAACGCCUUGAAAAGGUAGCCCUAAUCAAUGGGGUCACCAGUGUGCAACUUAGCUAUGGCGGUAUUUUGGAGCAAUCGCUGGCUCUCGCUAGUUAUUUACGGGAGAUGGGCAUUGCUCCGAAUGAUGUCGUUGCCAUAAUCAGUGAAAAUAGAUUCGAAUAUCCUGUAACGGUAUUUGCCCUGAUGUAUUUGGGAACUACCGCAGCUCUUUUCAAUCCCGGAUAUUCUGUAAACGAACUAGAGCACUGUUUGAAGCUGACGAAACCCAAAGUGGUGAUUGUUUCUGCUCAACCAUAUUUGGCGUUGCAAAAAGCUGUAAAAAACAUCAAACUCGCUAGCAAGAUCAUCCACUUUGAUUCGAGUGACCAUGAAUUAACCUUUCAAAAAUGUUUGGAAAACUCCAACCGCCAAUUGGAACUAGGAAAAUUUGUACCAAAUGCUGUAGACAUUGCUAAUCAAGUCGCACUGAUUGUAAUGUCUUCAGGAACCACCGGCUUACCGAAGGGGGUGCAAAUCACUCAAUCCAACAUGAUGACCACGUUUUCCUACACAAGGACCUUUCUGGAUAAAAUUGGGUCAACCACGGAGGACAUGAUCAGUGUCGAGGUGACUCCAUGGUUCCACGUAGCGGGAGGCGUAACGAUGCUGAAUUGGUUGAUCAAUGGAAUGCGACUGGUGUUCCUGCCCAAGUACCAUCCUCGAUCGUACCUGCGCUGCAUUCAACAGUAUCGACCGAACAUGCUGAACCUGGUGCCACCGAUUGCUGUUUUUCUGGCCAAGAAUCCAAUGGUCGACCACUACGAUUUGUCCUCAGUCAAAACAAUCAUUUCUGGCGCGGCUCCGUUGAGUCGAGAGGUCGAGGAUUUGAUUAGGUCACGGCUGAAGAUCACUUCAAUAAGGCAGGCGUAUGGUUUGAGUGAGACUACAUUGGCAAUUUUAGUUCAAAUGGAUGCUGAAAAUAAACCCGGAAGUGUUGGACGAGUUCGACCUGGUCAAUGGGUUAAGGUGGUCGAUCCGGAUACAGGACGCACUUUGGGUCCCUAUCAACGAGGUGAGUUGUGCUUCAAAGGAACCUUGAUUAUGAAGGGGUAUCUGGGGCUCAAGGAUGCAGUGGACAAGAAUGGAUGGUUCCGGACCGGUGAUGUUGGAUAUUACGACGAUGAGAAGGAUUUCUAUAUCGUUGAUCGAUUGAAGGAGCUGAUCAAGUAUAAUGCUUACCAGGUUCCACCAGCAGAAUUGGAGGCCAUUUUGUUGUCCCAUCCAAAGGUAAAGGACGCUGCCGUUAUCGGAGUUCCGGACGAACGAGUUGGCGAAUUGGCCACUGCUUUUGUUGUUUCGGCCGAAGGGGCCUCUGUGGAUCCUCUAGAGAUCGUCAAGUUUGUAGACGGCCAGGUGUCGGAGCAGAAACGGCUACAUGGAGGUGUGAGAUUGAUCGACGAAAUCCCUAAGACUGCAAGUGGUAAAAUUCUGCGACGAACGCUUCGGGAAAUUGCCAAGAGGAAAUCGAAACUAUAGGAAUUCUAUCAAAAGACUCUCGAUUAGCAAACUCAACCGUACUCAUGGGAAGUGGGAAAAUGAUUAUAAAGGAACUUACAUAUACAUCUAAUGAAAUAAAAUAUAAUCAAAAUCUAGUAUCGGAA